CAAACCCAGAAGAUGAAGAUUCGACUCUUUCCUAAGCUAGAAACAGAAUGUGCUCCAUGGCUCUGGUUAAAAGAGGGAAGACAAUCCCGGAAACUGGUUUUACUGGUUGUGUUUGUUGCUCUGCUGGUAGACAAUAUGCUGUUCACUGUUGUGGUGCCAAUCAUCCCUUCAUUUCUAUAUGCCACCCACAAAAAUACUAGCCACUCCACAAUUCAGGCCACUCUUCCGAUAGCUCCUGUGCCUUUCUCAGCUGAUCCCUAUGCCUCAGGCUUGUUGGACUAUGACAAUACCACUGUGACGACCUCAAGCCAUGGUGCUCUGGCUGGUGCCAAUGGGAGCCAAGAAGGAAUAGUUGCCCCGCAUUUCCCUAUGGCUGCUUUGAACCAUAGUUGUACAGAUGGGACGGACUCUCUUUCAAAUGAAAAUGUUCGUGUUGGGCUGCUCUUCGCCUCAAAAGCUUUGAUGCAACUCAUAGCAAAUCCCUUUGUGGGACCCUUGACCAACAGGAUAGGAUACCAUAUCCCCAUGUUUCUUGGAUUUGUUAUUAUGUUCGUCUCUACACUCUUGUUUGCUUUUUCAAGGAGUUUCACCUUGUUGUUCAUCGCUCGAGCACUGCAAGGCUUUGGUUCUGCCUGCUCAUCUGUUGCAGGUCUGGGGAUGCUUGCAAGCGUGUACCCCGAUGACUGUGAGAGGGGAAAUGCAAUGGGAAUAGCAUUAGGAGGGCUGGCUUUGGGAGUGCUUGUUGGAGCUCCGUUUGGAAGUGUGAUGUAUGAGUUCGUUGGGAAAUCAUCUCCCUUUCUGAUCCUGGCAUUUUUAGCUCUCCUGGAUGGAGCUCUGCAACUUUGUAUCCUGCAUCCCACAAAGAUUUCACCAGAGAGUAUCAAAGGAACCUCCUUCUUGACCUUGUUGUGGGAUCCCUAUAUUUUGAUUGCAGCAGGUUCAAUCUGCUUUGGAAACAUGGGAGUUGCUAUUUUAGAGGCCACUUUGCCCAUUUGGAUGAUACAAACCAUGUGCUCCCCAGAAUGGCAGUUGGGGGUAGCUUUUCUGCCUGCCAGUAUCUCUUAUCUCAUUGGGACCAAUCUCUUUGGGAUACUGGCCAAUAAGAUAGGGCGGUGGCUGUGUUCAUUGAUUGGGAUGAUGGUAAUAGGAGUCAGCCUCCUCUGUAUGCCCCUGGCUCAGAAUAUCUAUGGACUGAUUGGACCCAACGGUGGGGUUGGUUUUGCCCUUGGUAUGGUGGAUUCCUCAAUGAUGCCUAUAAUGGGAUACUUGGUAGAUCUUCGCCAUACUUCUGUUUAUGGCAGUGUCUAUGCCAUUGCUGACGUGGCCUUCUGUCUGGGCUUCGCUAUUGGUCCCUCUACAGGAGGCUUUCUAGUACGGGCAAUUGGCUUCCCAUGGCUCAUGGUCAUCAUUGCCGGAAUCAACCUUGCUUAUGCGCCUCUUUGUUGGUUUCUGCGGAGCCCCCCAGCCAAAGAGGAGAAGAUUGCAAUUCUAAGUCAGGAGUGUUCCACGCAGUCCAGAAGCUACAUCACUCAAAAGGCUCUCCAAGAGUUUCCACUCACAGACAACAGCGAUGAAGAAAACGAGACUGAUUUAUAG